AUGGCAUUUCACAUCUGUACCGUUCGCUGGCUUGGGUCAAAAGAUGACGAACGUACCUCUCCAAGCCCAAUCCCUGUCAUAAUUUUGACGUAUAUGCGAAGUGGUUCGUCUUUCCUUGGCGAGAUUUUACAGGCUAACCCGGACACCUUUUAUUGGUUUGAACCUGUCCAUGAAAUAUGGGGACUACAUAAAACAAAUGGAAACCACAAAUUUGAUUUCCAAGACGGAACAAAAAGAACUUUCCCGUCAUUUUUGGAUAUAGCAGUUCCCACUAUCAAAAAUAUAAGUACGUGCCAAUUAGAGAGCCUGCCCAUGGAUGCCUUGAGAGAACAAUUUCUGGCAAAGAGCAAACAGAUGACAGAUUUCGUAAAUUGUAGAGGUUAUAAAGAAAAGGGACAUACGACCAAUGAAAAACUCCUUAAAUGUUUACCGAGUUUAAAAUCUAAAUGUUUACAAUCUAAAUAUAUUGUCAUAAAAACAAUUCGAAUUACUAUGGAAAGCGUAGAAUAUAUACUUAGAAAUGUACCAAACUCACAAGUGAUACAUUUAAUGAGGGAUCCACGCGGAACUUCUCGUUCCCAACAAGCAGUCGGUCAAUUGUCAAAACAUAAUUUUCGACAGGAGAUAUCUGAAUACUGCAAACGAGUAUACCAUGAUGUACUGAGAAAAGAACUACUCGACAAACAGUAUCCGGGAAGAAUUCGAACUGUAUUUUACGAAGAUGUGGCAAACAAUCCAAUUGUGUAUUCAAAAUCGUUGUACCAGUAUCUGUACAUGAAUUUCACCUCUGCAAUUGAAAAGACAAUAUUUGGGUUUACAUUAGCCGGCAAAAGCGGUUCAAGAAAAUGUGGAAUUUUAUGUACUCAAAUGGCGAACUCGGCUCAAGAAGCCAGUAAUUGGCGAAAGCAAAUAAGUAUGGUGUUAGUGAAAAUAGUCGAUAGUGCAUGUGUGGAUUUAUAUAACAAAAUUCGUUACAGAUCUAUAUCAAAUGAAACUAUGUUACGAGAUAAAAAAUAUAAACUUCGGAAAUAG